AACGUUCUGUCAUUCUGGCCAAAGCUAGGUUAGGGUAGAUAAAUUAAAUAAUAAUUUAGAUAAUUUUUUUUUCAAAUGAAAAUUCCAAUCCUCAUAAAAAGUAUAUUUUUUGGAGUUCCUAUUGGAAUAACUUUAGUAGAUUCGGUCGGAUACGUAGCCAGAGUCGAUGGCAUUUCAAUGCAACCCGCUCUAAACCCUGACAAGAACAGCACUGAUUAUGUCUUUUUAAAUAGACUUGCAGUCAGGUCUUAUGAAGUGAAAAGGGGCGAUAUUGUAUCACUGAUAUCUCCUAAAGAUCCUACACAGAAAAUUAUUAAGAGAGUAGUUGGUGUCCAAGGAGAUAUUGUUAAAACCUUAGGUUACAGGGACCAUAUAAUCAAAGUUCCAGAAGGACACUUUUGGAUUGAGGGCGAUCACACAGGGCAUUCUAUGGACUCAAAUAACUUUGGGCCAGUUUCAUUAGGUUUACUCACCGCAAAGGCUUCUUGCAUUGUGUGGCCUCCAUCCCGUUGGCAAGUAAUACAUACUGAUUUGCCAGCAUCUAGGGCACCUUUGAAUGUUAGAAGGACAGCUAUUAGUUAUUAGAGAAUUUUUUUAAGGUGGCUCAUAUUACGUGCU